GCGCGCUCCUCCCCGCGGCGCGGCGGCCCGGGGGGCUGCCGUCGGGGCGGGAGGAGGAGGAAGAGGAGGAGGAGGAGGAGCCCCGGCGGCAGCGGGCAGAGGCGCGCAUGGAGCGGCCGGGGAGCAACGGGAGCUGCCCGGGCUGCCGGCUGGACGGGGCGCAGUCGGCGCGGGCCGCCGCCACCGCCCUGGCGGCCGUGCUCAUCUUCACCAUCGUGGUGGACGUGCUGGGCAACGCGCUGGUCAUCCUCUCCGUGCUGAGGAACAAGAAGCUCCGCAACGCCGGCAACAUCUUUGUCGUCAGUUUGUCUGUUGCAGACCUUGUAGUUGCGGUUUAUCCAUACCCUCUGAUCUUGAGUGCCAUUUUCCAUGAUGGAUGGACCAUGGGAAAUGUUCACUGCCAGAUAAGCGGGUUCCUGAUGGGCUUAAGUGUCAUCGGGUCCAUUUUCAACAUCACGGCAAUAGCAAUCAACCGCUACUGCUACAUUUGCCACAGCCUUCGGUAUGAUAAGCUCUUCAACCUGAAGAACACCUGCUGCUAUCUCUGCCUGACCUGGACACUCACAGUGGUGGCAAUUGUGCCAAACUUCUUCGUUGGUUCCUUGCAGUAUGACCCCCGGAUUUACUCCUGCACCUUUGCCCAGACGGUGAGUACAUCGUACACCAUCACAGUGGUGGUGGUUCACUUCAUUGUCCCACUGUCCAUCGUGACGUUUUGCUACCUCCGGAUCUGGAUUUUGGUGAUUCAGGUCAAACAGCGUGUGAGACAAGACUGCAAGCAGAAGCUCAGAGCAGCUGACAUCCGGAAUUUCUUGACUAUGUUUGUGGUUUUUGUCCUUUUUGCUGUGUGCUGGGGACCACUAAACUUUAUUGGCCUUGCUGUUUCAAUUAAUCCUUCAAAAGUGCAGCCACACAUUCCAGAAUGGCUUUUUGUCCUGAGCUAUUUUAUGGCCUAUUUUAACAGCUGCCUCAAUGCUGUGAUCUAUGGGCUUCUUAACCAGAAUUUCCGGAAGGAGUACAAAAGGAUACUGCUGACACUCCGGACUCCCAGGUUGCUGUUCAUUGAUGUGUCCAAGGGUGGGACAGAAGGGAUGAAAAGCAAGCCAUCUCCAGCCAUAACAAACAACAACAACCAAGCUGAAAUACCCUUAUGAGUGAGAACAUUACUAUUUAUUCUGGAUUACAGUUGUAUAUAUGAUAUAUAAGAGCCUUUCUAUGUCUGCAUUUCACAGCUGGUGUUGCUGGGCCCCUCAUGCAAGGAAGGAGUCUGCUUCUCAUGCAAGGAAGGGGUCUGCUACCUUUCAUGCUUAGCUUAUUGCUUUGACAUCAAGGCUUUGAAUAAGGAUUUUCAGAAUGGAAAUGACUGAUCUUUAUCUUCUUUUUUUCCUAUGCCAUCUUUCACCAUGUGCCUAAUUAAUUGGUUUCAUUACUUUUGCCACAAGCAUGCCAAUGCCCUUGAAAAGGGCAGCAUUCAGAGUGCAUGGAGAAAUGCAGUUAUGCUUGAAAUGCAACCUUCAAGAGCCAGAAAAAUUGCCAUGUAUUACAAACAAACCUUUCUUCUCUCCCUCUGAAGUCUAUCUUUUUAGCAUUAACAUAACCAAACUAUAGCAAACAAAGUGUAAACUGCAUGAGCUUUUACCUUUUCAGUUAGGUAACAGUAUUGGCCAGCAGGCAUACAUAUGGGCAUGAUGACUUCCACUGCGUGUGCGUUUGCCUUCCUUUUUCUUUUCUCUUAAGGUUUAGAAGCUAGCCUGAGCUAGAUGUGAGGCAGGCAAAAGCCAGACCUAGUGAGUGUCUGAUACACUCAUUUUAAUUGAAUAUCUACAGAUAUUAAGUACCCUUGCACUCUCCUUCCCAGGCCAUGAGUAAGAGUAUAACAUAUGACAUAAUCUAAUUGCGGGAAGAUACUUGGAGCCUGAUUCUAAUUUAGGCAGUAUCCUGUCAUGGCCAGAAUUAGUUCCAAACAUCUUUCAGAAGUCCCUGCUACAUGAACAUCAUAAACAAGAUGAACAUAGCAGAGUCCCAUCUGUUUAGUGCAGAUGCCGGCUUCUAAGUUCCAGUAAUAUUUACACUUGGAGACAAAGGGAGAAGGGGAAGGAAGUUUAUUCCAAAUGUCUCUCCUUUUGCCCACCACAUAACAUGAAUUUGAUGGAGAAUUUUUCUCCAUGUUGUUCAUGUACAAAGCUGUAUUUAAUUAUUAAUGGAGCUGGGAGAGGAAAGCUACUUAAGCACAUUCAUGCAUCAGUUCUCAGCUGAAGCCUGAAGUCUGUUAUCUUUGUCAUUGGAAACAACACCCUGAAGUGCUGGGAAGGCCGGUAUCACAUUAGAAACAAGCACAUGGGCAAAGAUAAGGCGGUUCCUUUAAUGGAGUGGGAAGGGUGGGGGUGGGGACGGCAGCUGUCUGUAAACAUGACUUUUUUUUCUUUAGCUUCAUUGUGAAUUCAUCUCCUUAUGGUUUUAAAUGUGAGGAUCUUGCUUUGAAACAGUUCCAUAAAAUCAACAGGUAGAACGCCCCUGGUACAACUUUACCCUCAAGCUAGCAAACCUGGCUUGAUGCUGGGGUGCUGGGAUGCACAGAAGGAGCUGUGUGAUGGAGAGGAGCAGGUCUCAGCCCCAUGGGUCUAAUAAGGACAGCAGUCAGCCCUGCUCCUGACCAAAGAAUGCAGUCUUCUCUCUUUAUUCAUAGUCAAAACAGGACUAAUUCCCAGGGCAGAACCCUGAAACACUGAGAACCAGACUUUGCAAUAGCAUGUAGGCAGCUAGAGUUGGAGGUAUGUAGGAUUUACAAAAGCCCUGAGCAGGCUAAGUGCCUAAUCCAUAGUGAAGUUAACAAGCCAUUUGUGCAUUGCUUGCUGAAAGCAACUUGCUGAUGAAUGUCCCUUUGGCUGAUUUUUUGGGGGAAGAGGAGUUCAGAGAAAUUAAGCCCCUUUAUGAAGUGGGCCAAGAACCAUUGCAUGGCGCAUUGCUUCACUGAGAACUGCACUGUGCAUGCUGCCACGUGGCAAAGGUUGCUGCAAUGCAAGGGGGGGGUCUCUGCAAUUUAAGGGCACCCUGGCACUUCAUGAAGUUUUGAACUUGAACAUCUCAGCCACUUCAGAUGAUUAUUGUUUUAAAAUGCACCGCAGCCAGCCUCCCAUAAUAGGAAUCAAACUGAAUUCUGUUUUGGCCUCUCAAUCUGCCUGAGCAUGGCCAAAUAAAGGUAUCUUGACCCUCGGAAAUAAUGUGGUCCAUUUGCCUUCCAGCUAAACCAGUCUCGAUGAAUUCAUACCAUUCCGUGCAAACAAGAUAAUUUUGAGUCAAACUUGGAUAAGGAAAGCACCAAGGAAUCCAUAACUGCAGGGAGUGUUUGUUCUGUUGUGCCAAGAUGCCCUGUGUUCUGUGACUAGUCUUCCAAGUUGUUUGCAUUUAGCCACAACAGUGUUAGUUAGAAUCACAUUAGCAAAUAAUUUUAAGCAUCUAGCAUCAAGCCAAAUAUACUCCUUUAAGACAAUCAUGAAGAAUCUUGUACAGGUUUGCCAAAUGUCUCAAAUACCCCACAACUGGGGUUUCAUCUUACGAAUUCUUGUAUUUUUAACUGAGUGUUCAGUGAAGGCAGUGUGGUAUUUUUUUCCUUUAAGCUUGUAUUUGCACUAUUUCUUAUUCAGGCUCCAAAGUAACAGCCAGUGAAUAUUUGAACCAAACCAAGUACGCCAAAGAGGUCCCGAACAGGCAAGCUGCGGGAGUCUCUGCUAGGACCUGGUAGGAAGGGGAGCAGCAGGACCAUGAUACAGCAUCUCCCCAGGAUUCUUGGAGAGUUAGUGCUGAACCAAACUAUGCAAAGUGACAGGGGGAUCUGCUUGUGUUCUGCUGUGGGGUCUGAGCAUGACUCCUGCCCAGGCCUUUGCAGGGGACAGGCUAAGUACCUGCUGUGCUGGGGUGGGUCCUGAGCAGUUCCCUGCAUGUGCAGACCCUGCCACCACCCUGCGGGGUAGGGAUGGGUCUGUGAUGGGUGCCAUCCAUCUAACAGCAUGGAGAGGUUGCCCUAGCACGACCUGUUCAGAAGUGCUUUAGGUGUCCCAGUAGUAUGAGGCUGCCCAAAAGCGAGCCCAGAGCUGGAGUGAUUCAGCUGCCACUGUUGGAGUCCUGAGCUCAGUUCUGCUGGAGCUGAGGUUUGCAAUAUAAAACAUGAAAAAACAGGGAGCAUGGCUUCAAACAGAAAACACUGUGCCAUUUGCUAGCACUUUGAUACAGAGACAGUGGUUAGGAUAGGAUAGAUUUUUAUACUGACUUAUUUUAAGAUUAUCCAAGGAGCUUCUUAUUUUUAUCUUAAGAAAUGGUUAACAGGGUACAGAGAGUUUAUUUUGUUAACAUUUGUUUACAGAAAAAGGGAAGUGUGUCUUAAACUUGGAAUCCUGAGCAGUGUCAGAGUUUCCCUGUGGGAAUCUAGCUUUAAUCCAAAUUUGAGCUUUCAAGGAGAUCCCACAGCUUAAUCCAUGCUCUGCCAAUUCCACCUGUUGCAUACCUGGCCUUUAGUCUCAGAAAAAACAUUGAGAUCUCCUAUAAACUCGUUUUAAAUUACUUGCUCUGAAUUUGACCUGGUGGUGUUGAAUAUCUAUUCUAGCCCCAAACUCUAAAAUUGUUGUAGUGGACAUAAACUUAUGAAGAGGCAGUAUUGCCAUAAAGGAAGAUGAAUAUCUUGCCACAAAAGAAAUACUUUUGGAUGUUGCUCAUGAAUGUUGUUUAAUCUAUUUAAAAAGAAUGUAACUAAUAUAUUUAUAAAUCGAUAUAUAUUGCACAUGCUGUUUCCAGUUUAUCAUUUGAUUAAGAGUCCUUCAGUAUACUUCCCUAUUGCUAUUUUUGUUCAUAAAGUAGAUUCAUUCCCUUCACCUGUUAAAACUGUAAUAAAUCUGCCAUUGGACUGCUUAUUGA